AGUAGCCGUGGCUCUGAUAAUGUUACGACGCUCGGCUGCAUCACGUGGUGCGGAAGUUGUAGUACCUGCUGCUGGAACAUGGAGAAUUGCACGUGUGGUCUUUGACUCUGAGCCUGCUUGUGUGCCCGACUCUGUACUGGAUAUGUCCGCGGCGCUGCUUAGGAAAGGGCUGGAGCUGCUGGGCCCGGCAUCUAGCGGUCAGAAAUGCCCACGUUUAAAGAAACAUUCAGGAAGAGAAAGCCAGAAUAGAACUUUAAGCAGUCACAAAACCGGAAUGAGAAAACAGCUCCGUAGACUGAAGCACCAGGGGCUGCCACAGAAACAGAGAGCAACAGCCAAAGACAGAGUAAUAAAGUCUGCAGUAGAGGAGUAUAUGAAGCACACGGCGCAGGACCAUCUGGAGCAGAACCUCCGGUACAUGCUUGGUUCCCGCACUGCUACAAAAAAUGAUGUUGUCAGUAAGGUCUUGAAUCACCACCGUGGGCGUAAAGCAAGAGACCGGCAAAUGAAGAAGAAAAAGCGAGCACAGGAGAAGUCUGUGUUCUCUGAUGCAGACUUCAAACGUUUUGAAAAGGAGUACUUUGCGGGCAAAUAAUUUGGGCAGCAAAGAAAGGGGACUGUUGCUGGCAGAUGCCAUAGUCUGUUUCUUCCUGUAAGCCAACUGCGUGACUUUGUUCCUUGUCGCAGGAAAAGUUUAAUCAAAACAGCAGCAGAACAACAAAGUAUUAGGAGUAAAUGUUUCUGGACUUUGUAUCAUGCAACAAUUGCACCAGCAUUUGUAAACCAAUAACACCUUACCAUCAUAGGUGUGCGCAGCACAUUUUAUUUGUGUGUGCACCAGCAUAGGGGCAUGUCUAACACCACCUAUUGGGCGAAAAAGAGGAUGGAGUGCAGAAUGGGAUGGGUACGUGGGACUGACUGUCAAUCUCAGAAUGCAGGCGCUGGCAUGUGAACAAGAUUAACAACCUGUUACUUAAAGCAUGUUCACUAGAUCGGUAUUACAACUGUAAACAUACAAGCUACUGUAGGCAGCAUCCCUCACACCCCAGAACCCCUCUCAGUACAACACCCCUCCCCUCUCAGUACAGCACCCCUCUCCCCUCACAGAUCCUUACAGCACAGUAUCCUUCAUGGCUCCUCUUUCCCCUUAUAUCCCUCUUCUCCCUUCACAUACAGAACCUGCUCCAUACAGGGGCCAGUGAUCGUCAUGGGCAGGCUAGAAAUCACUCCGUGCAGCUGUGGGCACUGUCAUGUCGGGAGCUGGGCUGAGAUGAGAUGGUGCUUCCACAGUGUGUGUGGCUGCGUAAAAUAGAAACAUAGAAUUUGGCGGCAGGUAAGAACCACUUCGCCAAUCUAGUCUGCCCAUGUACACUUUCAUUAAAACUGUGACAUGAGGGCUACACAUCCCACUGCCUGCAGACGCUUUAUCUAUAAAUUAUAGACUUUAAUGCAUGUAACUACCACAGUCCUGACGCCACCACCUGAUUUUACCUGACCUGCAGGUAAAAGCUGUGAUUACCUUGGGUCCUAGAAGCAAUAACAGUAGACCAGUGGGGAAUCCCAGGAAGGCCAAUCUAUUCCCCGCCCCCUUGAGCUAUGCAUGCAUGACAGGUGACUAGUCUUGGCUGUGGGAUUGUCAGAUUCUGGGAUACCCACCGUGCCCCCGGAUGACUCCGUACACCCUGGUGACAGCAGACAAUGGCCUGGCUGGGAUGAAGCAGCCUCUGCUGCCAGUUCCAGCAAGGGCUCGUGGUAGUGAGUCCUGGAACCCAGAAAGGUGCUAUUUUCCAGUGAUCACUACCGCUUUCUGCUGACACCUGGCCUGGAAUUCCCCUCAUCCAGGUGAUGGGCACCUCAGAGCCAUUUUCCAGCGCCCCAACUUCUGGACCCGUGGCUCGGUUCUGUAGCACAGAACAGAAGUGGCUUUUACCCUGAUUGGCUGUUCCGUGCAGUCCCCGAUGUGUCAGCCGGGAAAGGCAGCCAUACUAUGCGUAAUUGGCCCGCUACAUGCAAGGGGGUGGAGCCUUGGUAAAGGUGCAGGGCCUAUCGGGACCCCUGUUCACAUUACUGUACAGGGGCAUGCCUAGCAGUCUGAGUAGCUGGGCUGCCCUUAGGUGCUCACGUGUGUGUAUUCUCCCCCUUCCCCACCAGCACCACCUCUGGUAUUGUCCAGGGGAAAUAGUGGGACAGUUGGGAGGUAUGCAGCCGGUACUUGCCAGGGCUGAUGCAGCUUUUAACAUUGGCACAGCAUCCGAUCUGCUGUGUGGUGAUGUCAGACAUUAGGGUGUGCCUGUGCACUCAAGGCUAUACCCCCCCCCCCCCCCCCACACACACACUUGUGCAUGCACCUAUGCUUACCAUGAAAAUUGCUGUAAUCUAGAUAUCUGUAAAAUAAAAUACAUAUACUAUUA